AUGGCAACUAGAUGCGCCCAUCUCGGCCUGUCACAGGUCUAUGAAAAUACAUGUGAUAGGACGACAACACAGUCAACAAGUCCAGGUGACAAUGUCACACAUGCCACCGUACUGCAAACAACCAUCGAUAAAACCUAUGAGUGCGGAAUGUGUGACCAAUCAUUCCCUAAGAAGAGACAGCUGGCAGUUCACAAGCGCGUACAUGCCGGCACGCGACCGUACUCCUGUGAUAUUUGCGGUAAAGCAUACACCAAGGGUAUAAAUCUAAGCCGCCACAAACGGAUACACACCGGCGAACGACGGCACCGUUGUCGGAUAUGUGGUAGAGAAUUUUUCACUUCUGAGCAAUUGGAUCAGCACCGGCUUACCCAUAAAGAUCAGGCUUACAUUUGCGAUAUCUGCAGUAGGAAGUUUACCGAAAACAGUAGUCUCACGCGACACAGACUUAUCCAUGCAGGUGAGAGAUCGCACAAGUGCGAUAUUUGUGGCAAAGAAUUCAUAACUAGUGCUGAACUCACUCGCCACAUGCGCAUGCAUACUGGCGGGCGUCCGUAUAAGUGUGAUAUCUGUGGCAAAGGCUACGUAGAAAGCAGCAGUUUGAAACGUCACCAGCGUGUUCACAUCGAUAUGAAUCUUGCGGAUCAAAUAUUCAGUUGCGACAUCUGUGGUAGACAGUUUCUUGAAUCUAAAGAACUUGCGCAGCACAAACUUAUCCACAGCAAAGAUCGAGAAUUCAGAUCUGAAGUCUGGUGGCGGGUUUAA